AUGGGUUUAACGAAUGAGGAGGAAGAGGAAGUGGCAUGGAAAAUGGGGAAGGGUUUGUUGAACCCUAGCUGGUCGGAAAAUGUAAAGGGGAUCACCGGAGUAAUUUUCCGGCAAGCAUUGAUUUUCCGAAAAAGCAGUUCUGCGCCGAAGCUAUUGGAUUCAGUUGAACCUGCUCGUUAUAUUGUAGAUCUGCCCCUGAAUAUAGCUUCUAUUUCUACAGCAAAUGGUUUAACUAACUCUACUUGUCGAAAGUCCUUUUCAUGCGGAAAUCUUACUGACCUGAGCUUUCCUUUCUCUCUUUCCACACAAUCUGACUGUGGAAUAAUGUCCAUUUCUGGUUGUGAUGCUAAACCAUUUCCAAGAAUCCAACUGCUUCCUGGAGGCGAUUGGUACUAUGCUUUACAGAAGCCGUUUAAUUAUACAGUUUUGCUUGCGGACGCCAAGCUUAAUACCAUGUUGACGCAACACAAGUGCCAGGCGUUUAACAAUAAAUUCUCCCUUCCAGACUCCCCUUCUAUUUCUUUCACUACGCUUUCGCUUCACAACUUCUUCAAAUGCAGUAGCAACAGUAAUAAUACCCCAUACAUUACCCAGAAAAUGAGUGCUCAUUUCAAUGAUUAUGAACUGUUCUCGCUUAUUAAAUUGCCAAUUGACCCGAGAUCAUAUGAUGGUGAUUUGUUCAACUUGUUAGUUCCCUAUUUUCUAGUAGAAUGGAAACUAUCUGAUGACUGUUACCACUGCCACUAUGGUGGAGAUGGAGGUCAAUGCCACGCUGAUAAAACCAACAAAUUUUAUUGUCACAAAGAUGCAAAAACAACUAAAAGACGUGCAGUGUGGCUGUUUCUGGCAGCAGGUUUUGGUGGAGUUGGGUUGGCGCUGAUAACUUGCUUAGUUGUGUACUUUAUCUGGUGUUAUCAGAAGAGGAAAUUCAGUCCAUCACGCUUUCUCUCAACAAAGAAAUUGUCAGAUAUAUUUAAACAUGAUGUUGAGAUAGGCAGUAUAUACUUUUGUGUCCCAGUCUUCUCUUAUUCAGAACUUGAAGAAGCUACAAAUGAUUUCAAUUCCUCUAGAGUACUUGGAGAUGGAGGUUUUGGAACUGUUUACUAUGGAAAACUUAAGGAUGGAAGAGACGUUGCUGUAAAGCGCCUUUACGAGCACAACUGCAAGCGAAUGGAGCAGUUUGUAAAUGAAAUUGAGAUCCUUACUAGACUAAGGCACAACAAUCUUGUCACCCUCUAUGGCUGCACUUCAAGCCGAAGCCGUGAACUACUCCUUGUCUAUGAAUAUAUUCUUAAUGGAACUCUUGCUGAUCAUCUCCAUGGUCAAAGAGCGAAGCAGCUAUCACUCGCGUGGCCAAUUCGCAUGAACAUUGCUAUAGAAACUGCUGGUGCAUUGGCUUACUUGCAUGCUUCUGACGUAAUACACUGCGAUGUCAAGACUAGUAACAUACUCCUUGAUCACAAUUUUAGUGUUAAAGUUGCAGAUUUUGGGAUUUCAAGGCUCUUCCCAAAUGAUGUCUCUCAUAUUUCAACUGCACCGCGGGGAACCCCUGGCUAUAUUGAUCCAAAGUAUCACGAAUGUUACCAGCUGACUAGUAAAAGCGAUGUUUAUAGCUUCGGGGUGGUCCUUGUCGAGCUCAUUUCAUCAAUGCCAGCUGUGGACAUGAAUAGGCAUAGCCAAGAGAUUAAUUUGGCUAACUUUGCAAUAAACAAGAUAGUAAAAUGUGCAUUUAACGAGUUGAUCGAUCCAUCCCUGGGGUUCGAUUCAGAUACCAAGAUAUGGGAAAUGGCGACUUCAGUGGCAGAGCUGGCUUUUCUAUGCUUGCAGACAGAUAGGGAUGUGAGGCCUACUAUGGUUGAAGUUCUGGAUAUUCUAAAGGAGAUUCAGACUAGUGAACUUGACAAUGAGAAGAGAGCUAAAAUAGUAGCAGUUCCUCCUUUCCCUGAAUCAGAAAAUUUGUUAUUGUCGAAGCAAGUCAAAUCCCUACCUUCACCAAAUUCUUUGAGUGAUAAAUGGUUUACUUGCUCUGAUAUAACUAGUACAACUAGUUAAAGUUCUAUAGCCCCUUUCUUUACAGUCAGGACAUCAUGCAGAAGAAAACUGAUGCCUUUUUUCAUGAUUUUGAGAAAUACAAUGUGUAAAGAUUUCAAUGUCUAUUAUCACCAUCCCAGUAAAACAUUGGGAAAUUCUAGUGCUAAGAUAAGUGUCAAACUUCCAGAUCACUGUUCAAUAAUACAAUUGCCAAUUCCUUUGCCUACACCAUCUAAACUAUAUGCUAGUGACUUGUUUGAACUGUUGACUUCUAAUAUUCUGCUAGAAUGGGAGUUGUCCAAUGAUUGUCAUCACUGUCUUGAGAAAGGAGGGAAAUGCCUGAUCGGUCGCGAACACAAAUUUCAUUGUUCCAAAGGAAAAAAAGAAAAAAGUAAGCUGAGAAUGAUUCUGGCUGCAGUUUUUAGUGGAGUUGGUUUGAUCCUAGUAUCUUCCAUUGUCAUCCUUUCUAUAUGGCGUUACAAGAGAAGGAAGAAUGAUUCUACACAACUUCGUCGGGAGCUUGAGGUAGAGAGCAGAUAUUUUGGAUUUCAGGUUCCAGUUUUUUCCUAUGCUGAACUUAAAGAAGCCACCAAUAAUUUUGAUUCCUCAAUGAGCUUGGAGAUGGAUGUUUUGGGACUGUAUAUUAUGGAAAACUAUAUGAUGGAAGAGAAGUUGCAGUAAAAUGCCUAUAUGAGCACAACUGCAAGAGAAUGCAACAGUUCAUAAAUGAAAUCGAAAUUCUUACUCGGCUGCACAUCAAGACGAAGCCGUGAACUUCUCCUUGUUUAUGAAUACAUUCCUAAUGGAACAGUUGCUGAUCAUCUCAACGGCGAAGGAGCAGUAGAGGGAUCGCUCAUGUGGCCCAUCCGUAUGAGUAUUGCAGUAGAAACAGCCAGUGCAUUGGCCUACCUGCAUGCUUCUGAUGUAAUACACCGCGAUGUGAAGACUAAUAACAUUCUUCUUGACGACUUUCGUGUCAAAGUUGCAGAUUUUGGGCUGUCAAGACUUUUCCCUAAUGACGUUUCUCACAUAUCCACUGCUCCUCAAGGGACUCCUGGAUGCGUCGAUCCUGAGUAUCAUGAAUGUUAUCAACUUACUGACAAAAGUGAUGUUUAUAGUUUCGGGGUUGUCCUUAUCGAGCUGAUAUCAUCAAUGCCAGCUGUGGACAUAACUAGGCAUAAGCACGAGAUCAAUUUGGCUAACUUGGCGAUAAACAGGAUACAAAGAUGUGCAUUUGAUGAACUGAUUGAUCCAUUGCUCAGGUUUACAUCAGAUACACUUGUUAAGAGAAUGAUCAUGUCUGUCGCGAAGCUAAAGUAUUGGACAUUUUGAGAAAUAUUCAGAGUGGAAAAUUCCAAAAUGAGAAGACAUUAGAGACUAGUGCUAGUUUUAACUUAAUCAAGUCUAAGGGUUUGCUCUCUUUCAAGAUCUCAAGUUCGAAACCCAUUGGAUGCAAACAAUUUUUGAGGGCCAUCGGACUGGGUAAAACCUGAAUUAACCGUGGUGCACUUGCGGGAAACUCCUUGCCGAGGGCCUGUGCACCCCCAGGAUUAGUCGGGGCUCGAAGAGACUCGGACACCCAGUGCAAAUCAAAAAAAGAAACCGUCUAAGAGUGUUAAUAUCCCUCCUUUUUCGCCUGAAUCAGAUGAAGUUGCACUGCUCAAGAAAGUUAAGUUCUUAAGUCCAUCAGAUACUAAUAGUGAGAUAUGGAUUAGUGGCUCUACUACAACUAGCACUGGUGAGUGAAUAUCUUAAGAAUUUACAAAAGAAUGUAUUUUCAGACUUCAGAAUCUACUAUAGGCAAUGUACAUAUAAUAAAUAUGUUAUGCUACUUUUGCUUUUUAACUGUCAA